UCUCUAAAAAUCUAUUCUCACAACUUGAAUUUUAUCAAAAUAAUUGCAAUAUGCAAUGCGUAAUACUACGAAACAUGCAAUAUGUAAUACACAAUAUGACACAAUGAUAAAAAAUAUGUAAUGAAAAUAUGCAUUCAUCCACUGGUCACUAGCGAUCACCGUUCUUCAUCCCUAUCGGCAGUUAUUAUGAAUUUUUUUUUCUUGCGUUGCAAGCGCUGAUGACGCUUCAUUUUAAAGGAUAAUUGCAACAUGGCGUAACCAAUCAGAUUUGUUAUCACAUUUUUUCCAUUUGCCAAUUCGAUCAUUAUUUAAAAAUUGGACAUAAGGUCAAUGCAGCCAAUAGCGAAAUAACUUUCCACCCUAGGUGAAGUAAUUUUGACAGGUGUUUGACAGAUUUAAAAAGACAAGUGCACAGAGUGCACUGUGUUAAGAGUUUUGUUAUUUUUCGGCGGCGAGUUUUAUGACACGAAAUUUUCGCAACGUACAUAACGCGUAAGAUAUAAAUACACCAAUGAUGAUGGAGUGUGUUAUAAUAUUCUUAUCAAUUUUAUUCUCAAAAUGAAGAAACGUCAGAUAGAUGUAAUAAUAUAACCUGACAAAUUGUAGGACGUCAAUGGUAACUAUUAUUUCUCUUUAAUUGUAAUGGAGUAUCAACGCUCUAAUUAUUAGAAAAUUAUAAAACGAAUGAGAUCAUACGUUAGCUAAAAACCAUGAAAAUCAAUGAGAAGAAUAUGGUCGCGUUUGCAACCUCUGCAACCCCAGUAGACCGUGAAGGCUGGUUGAAUAAACGUGGAGAGAUCAAUCGCGGAUAUCAGAGGCGAUGGUUCGUUCUCAAAGGAAAUAUAUUAUUUUAUUUUGAUCGUCGUGGUGAUAAGGAGCCAGUAGGCAUGAUCGUUCUUGAAGGCUGUACGAUCGAACUAGCAGAGGAUGAAGAGCAAUUUGGCUUUAAGAUAGUGUUUCAUGGGCCAAACAACAGAAGUUAUAUUUUAGCGGCAGAGUCUCAGGAAUCUAUGGAACAAUGGAUGAAAGCUUUGGCAUGUGCCAGUUAUGAUUAUAUGAAACUUAUGGUGACAGAAUUGCAACAUCAGCUAGAUGCUGUAGAGGAAGAAACAGCAGCCACACCGACUCAACAAUCCCCUAAGGCACCGCCAAGACAGCGGCAUAAUCCAUUCAACAGACCAGAUUCCCAUCAUCGUUCUCAGAGUGUCAGAUCAGCACCUGCGAGGACAGAAAAUGUACCUAGGACUAGAAUAACUUUUCGCGAGCUCCAUACAGCAUACGGCAGGCGAAUCUUGGCAGACCUGAAUGCAUGGAGACAUGCAAAGAAAAAUGCAGAGGCGCCUCUAAUAACCCUGUAACUUUGUACACAUUUUGUAGAUGAUUAAACAAAGUACACCAUCUACAAGAAUUAUUAGUUGAAAGAGAAUGUGUUAGUGGUGAAAGUAAUCGAUAAAAAAUUGUGUUAUACUGG